CAACGAUGCGAAACAUCAACAAGCCGCUUUCGUAGACUGCGUCGCUUUUUAAGGUAUCGCGCUUUAAUUAAACGCUUUAUUUCUAGCGCUUUUAUACAAAUGUACGUUUAUAAACACCUUGUUUAAAUGUUUUUAUUUUCUUCAUAUUUUUCGCUUCUGUUUUUCAGCGUCAAAAAAAAAAAAGCAUCAUCACCCUGUGUUCACUAUCGGGUGUACACAUUUGGACGAAAUCCUACUGACUCUUCUGAACAUGAGAGACUCUCAUGUAAAGGUUGAAAGCGGAGUUUUUUUGUCGUGCUACCUGGUGUGGUUUAGUUCGCAGGUUUAAAUCGAGUAGCGCUUGACAUCGCAUUCAUGGCCAGCGGCAGCAGCGGUAGUAGUGUAGACAUGGAUCCAGAUGUAGCUCUGAGGCUGUUUGAGGAGGGAGCCACCCUGGUGCUGCUGGGUGUUCCUCAGGGCACUGGGCUGGGGAUUGAUUGCAAGAGUUGGCAGGUGGGUCCACGCUUCCGGGGAGUGAAGAUGAUCCCUCCAGGCCUGCACUUCCUCCACUACAACUCUGUUAACUCACCAAGCUGUGGAGGAGAGAGUGGCCCAAAGACAGGCCUCUUCCUCUCUCUCAAACCCAGAGAGAUCCUGUUGGCUAAGUGGGAUCCCAAAGAAGAAGACCUGGACUUCUCAGCCUCUAAGAAUGAAGAGGAGGUGAGCCGCAUCCGGGCCAACUUGAAAGAGCUGGAUCCUUACCUGGGUCCCUAUCCGUACGAGUUGAUGAGGAAGUGGGUGUCCCUCACUGACCGCCUGAGUGAGGAGGUGGCCAAUAACCUGCAGCCUUUGUCUGGCAGAAUUUGUGCCUUCAGUGAUGUCAUUCCUGAGACUGAGUACAGACACACCAAAGACAGGGCAGAGCAGCCGAGGAACGACACAGCCUGUCAGAGCAUGAGAGAGGGACUCGACAGGCUCCCCAGGAUGAAGCUGAGGGAGGGGACGGAGUUGCGCUUCUCUGUUAUCCCCAAGAAGACCUACCCACCUGGGGCAACGCCAGCCGAGAAAUGCUUAUUGUCAUAA